AUGGACAGGACGGCGGCCUCACCCAGCCCAGACGUUUCCAUGGCUGAAGCUCCUCAGGGAAAAGAUCAGGAGUGUAGGUCUUUUUACACUGAGGACCCACAGACUGUUCGCGAGUACGAAGACAUCCUGUGCGGUCUGCCUGACCGCAGAGUAGAGGCCCAGGACGACGCCCUGCUGGCUCCCAUAACUGCUGAAGACUUAACAGCGGACUCGGCACGCGGUGCCCCGACCAGAGCCAGAGCGCGCCAGCAGCGCCGGCCGCCGGCGCCAGCCCCUCGAGCAGCGCGGGCCACCCCCGGGGGCGGCGCGCAGGCGCGGGGGCGGCAGCGGCAGCGGCGGGGGGCCGCAAGGCGAAGCGCGCCGGCGAGUCGCUCGACUACCUGCGGCUGUGCGCCGCCGUGCUGCGCUUCUGACGCGCCCGCCAUGAAGGAGCACCGCGUGCGCGCGCUCCGCGUCACCACCACGUCCAGCAUCAAGGGCAGCAGCGGCGUGGACGUGGAGGCGUGCGGUAGUCUCCAGCUGUUGCAACUGGAGCUGGAACUGCGCUGCACCAGAGCCGGGGGCUGUUCCCGGGUGCCUCACCACACGCUGCAUCACGGCACCAGCACAGCAGAUGAUGACCAGGACCAAGAUGCAGUGCUUCGGGAAUGUGCUGCAGCCAUCACUAUCGAGGACUUCUUCAGGAAGCCAGAUCACGACGACCUGUCCGCCAUCAAAGCACAGAAGGGCGUGUCACUUCUGGGCAGAGCAGGAAUUCAGGAUGCCUACGAUCGUCUCUAUGACGCCCUUGUCGCAGGGGAAUCGUGCGCAGGCCAGCUGGCGCUGCAGCUGGCGGCGGUGGUGGGCGCCGGGGGCGUGGGCGGCGGGGGCGCGGCGCCGGCUGCUGCGGGACGCCGCGUUCCCGCUGGCGGCCGCCGUGGCGCGCGUCGCCGCCGCCGCCGUGUGCCGGCGCCCCUCUGA